AUGUCAUUUACGCGGUCGAGAUCUAGCAGCAUUCCUGUGCCAGAAAACGCUAUACAACAACGAGCCUGGAUUUCUGACGCCUUUCAACCCUAUCGCUUUCCACCACAAUUGGGUCAGGACACCAUCGAUCCUGUCGAUGGUCUUGUUCAUCGCAUCCAUUCCCGCUUCCUGGGUGUCUCUUUACUACACUCUAGUACAAACCACAGUGCGAACGUUGCCUUUUAUCAAGUAACAAAGUAUGAAAUCACAGAGAUCGCCUCAUCGGACAAACAAGCCAAGAUCAACGAUCCAUCUACUGCAAUCAAUGACUUGACCAAGAAUGUUGGAAUCAAUUAUUUUGGAUCAGACCAGAUUCAAACAGAUCAUAGUGUCGUUCUAUCAGACUCUGUAGAUACUCUUCUGUCACUUUCAGAAGCACCUGUCAUUGCCAGGUCCGACAGUCAUAACAACCAUAACAGUAACAAUAACAAUAACAGUAGCAAUAAUAGCAAUAUGAUGAUGACAGAUGGUAUUCUUUUGGGCUCCGAAAAACCCUUGGCGGCUCUUCCACCCAAAAAACGCAAGCGACGCAGAAUUGUGCGCUUUGAUGUGGUGAUGUGUUUGUGUAGUCCGGAAGAAGUCCUGGCUAGGGACUCACUGGAACACAUAUCGGCCGAACAAGAGUAUUAUCUAUUUCCUCAUGAUGCUGUUCUCGAAACUCUCAACAAUGCACCGCCCUUUGAGGUUAUCUUUUCAUUUUAUCUUCCAAAGACAUCUGACCCUUCUGGACAUCAUUCGCUGUGUUCCUGUCAUGACCAUAUCCUAGAAACAUCUCAAGUAUCUUAUAAGACCAAGUUAGAAGAGUUUGCAGCUGUUUGUAGUAACAGCUGUCGUCUUACAUCUCCUACCUACCCAUCACAUCCUCAGCGCAGAUGGACAGAUCCUGGCUUAGAACGCCAGUUUAGACCUGAGUGCCAUAUACUGAACGUACGGUUCUCAAAUGCCUCUCGUGAACUGUAUAUGGCUGUGAAACAGGCGGUUUCCGGGUUUGAGGCUGCCUAUGAGAGAAUGAGGGACUUGAGAACACUUCACACACAGCUUGUUGCUAGUCAGCGAGCUGACAGCGUGCUCCGUUCAGAAACAAGAGUCGAUUUUACAAUUCCAACUGAAGAAGAUACAGGUUAUAUUCAUCGUACAACACUCCUUGAUGCAUGGAGUAGCAGUGAUGACAAUAGUUGGGAAAAGGAUUCCCAUGUUUACGAAGAAGACCGUCAACAAACCGAAUUCUUACAUUCUGACACCGCACUGUCUCCAAAACCAGCACUCGGGACACCGUUUGACUCCCCUCCAUUGAUUACUACAUCCGUAUCCACCAACAAUACAAAGCGAGCAGCACACCAAUGUGGCGCAGAGGACCACAAGGUGCCGGAACUCUCUGUAAUGCAUGUGGCGUCAAGUGGAAGCACGGAAAAAUCCUUUGUGGCGGCGGCAGCGGCGUUGGAGACAACAAUGGCGAUGGUAAUAAUGGUAAAUGACAAUAGUAAUAGUAAUAGUAAUUUUAAUGGUGGUGGUGGUGGCGGUGAAAAUCCUCAAUUACUUCCCAAAGAUUAUCGCGGAACGAAAAAGGCCGAGAAGAAACGAAAGAAGUCCGGAAGUGGAGCUAAAAAAGACAAGCGAGCAAAGGUCAAGGAUGCCCGCAAGCCAAUGAUACACACAACCGACGAAGAACUAGAAUAUGGGAACACUUACACAGAAGACGAUGAGAUGGAGAGUAAUAUUGAUGCGGCUAGGAACUUGAGUAUUUAUGAAGAUGACGAGAGUUUGCGAGCUCUCCGUCUGUCUCGAUCAUCAUCCGCUGCCGCUACCGCUACUGCUGCAGCAGCUGCAGUAUUUGCUAUGUCAGGCUCACGUGAAUAUGGCGCUAGAAUGAGAUCUUCAUUUGAAGCUCACAGCUGGUCAUCAUCUAUAUCUGACUCAUACAGCCCACCUCUUGCCUCAUAUAUAACACCUUCACUCUCAACACCACCAAGGCAACGUAGACACACAGCAGAUAUAUCUAUUGCAGAAAAGAUGGGUCUAAGUUCAUCUUCAUUCACAAUGUCUGCAGGUGUAGAUGCUGUGGAGGCAGCUGCAGUCUUGACUUUACUCAAAAGAAGUUAG